UUCAUCCGGCAAGCCCAGUCCGAGCCGUUGGAUCUCCAUCACACAGUCACGGAUGGCAUAGAUGGAUACCAUUCAAGCCCCUCGCUCUCAGUUCACUGUCGCCGCCUUUCCCUACCUCUUUUAUGGAAGCUCUCGUCGCGCGCUCCUCCGUGCUCUCGCCGCCGGCGGUCGCCGGAGACGCGUCUCCCUCCCCAUCGCGUCCCCGGGUGUCCGCCGCACUUCCCGGGCCCCGCAGGAGCCCUUCCACCCUCGCCAUCUGCACGCGCUGGACGCGUGCUUCUCACCGCCGCGGCGGCGGCCGCCUGCUCGCUGGGUCAGGGGAAGGCGGGUCCCCAGACCCCGCCGGUGGUGCGGUUGGCAAGGAGGAAUACUCUCCCUUGCUCGAGAACAAUGUAACUCUACGUGAAAGCCAUGAUAUGGAUACCACUAAACAUGAUGAGGUUGGCAUUUCUGGACAUGGUGGGAGUAACACUGGUGGCUCAAGGACUGGCCUAUUCAGAACACCUAUUUCAGGCGGUGUGCACAGUGCAACUGCAGUUCAUGAUUUACCACCGCCAGCUUUGGCCGUUCGGAAUCUCAUGGAACAGGCAAGGUUUGCUCAGCUGUGCACUGUCAUGUCUCGGAUGCAUCAUCGUCGUGCAGGAUACCCAUUUGGUUCCCUAGUGGAUUUUGCACCUGACCCAUUAGGCCAUCCAAUCUUCUCAUUAUCCCCGCUAGCCAUCCACACAAGAAAUUUGUUGGCAGACCCAAGAUGCAGCCUUGUUGUGCAGAUUACUGGAUCGAGUGGACUAUCAAAUACACGAGUAACUAUCUUCGGUGAUGUCAUUCCGUUGCCUGCUGAACAACAGGACUGGGCUCAUCAGCAGUAUGUUUCAAAGCACCAGCAGUGGGCAUCUCAACAGUGGGGUAACUUUUACUACUACAGAAUGGAGACGAUAAGCGACAUAUAUUUCAUUGGAGGUUUUGGUACUGUUGCUUGGAUAGAUGUGAAGGAAUAUGAGUCUCUGCAACCUGAUAAGCUUUCAAUGGAUGGAGGGGAGCAAAAUUUGAAGGAAAUCAAUUCAAUGUUCUCAAAGCCUCUGAAAGAACUCUUAUCAACUGAAGGAGAGGUAGAUGAUGUAGCUGUUAUAUCAAUGGAUAGCAAAGGUAUCGAUAUCCGUGUCCGACAAGGUGCACAGUUCAACAUCCAGAGGAUAGCAUUUGAGGUGAAUCGCAGCGUAGAAACACUGGACGAAGCCAAGGAAGCGCUUAGGAGGAUCAUCAGCAAGUCUAGGUGGCACACAAAGAGUUCCAUUUUGAGAUGCGCUUGAAGCUGAAGCUGGAUGUUCUGCAAAAAGUUUUGUACAGUGCGGUUGUUUUAGUCUUUGUGAUUUGCCAGAGUUGUCAUAAAUAAAUUGCAUUUCAGUGUUUUUAAGGGCCUAAAACUCAAUCGCCGUGAGCCCCUUGUGUGUUGAAUAAGCUGGUGAUUCGAAAUAUGUUUUGUGUCCCAGUAAAAUUCGAAGCAUGUUACUGCUACUCUGCUAGAGUGCUAGUGCUGUGUUGAGGACUUGAGGUCGCUCUUACAGGAUGUUUAACAGUUGAGCUCUUACAGGAUGUUCAACCCUUGAACUUACACAGUAACUGUCAAGUACAGUAGUUACCCUUGAGUUGGAAGGAAAGGGUUCAGGAA